AACUGACGCUGAACCAAAAAUGUUAAAUAACAGCGCAGCAAAAGUUAGCAGAGUUGCAUUAACAGCUUUGGCUGGUGCUAACCCACUUGGAGGAUCGCACGUAAUGUUUGUGAAUGCAAAUGAAGCAAACGUAAACUGGAGCAGCAAUUUUCACUAAAGCAACAAUGACACACAGGUCGAGGCGAGCUCUCAAAAUCAGCUGAGCAGAUGAGGGGGAGAGCGCGCGGGCGGUACGUACAGAGAGACAAUACUGUCCAUGAUAUAAUGGCAACGGAAGUGCCAACUAUGCAAGCCAACAGCUGUAGUAAAUCAAAAAAGAGGCUACCAACAAAGCGCGGCACCAACGACCGUUAGAGAGCCGGAGAGACAACCGAAUGCCGCUCUAGCUCCGAGUCGUCUGGCUGUGGCUCUGGUUGUGGCGCAGCUAGCUGAGAUCGUGAGAGGUAUUCGAUAUAAAAGUGCAAUUGGAGUUUGCAGUGAACGCAGAUAGUUUUGUGACUUGGAGUGGGACGAGCGCGUUUUGUAUCGAUCGGCAAUAAAGUGUAAAGUGUAGUUCAGCAGCAGCAACGGCAACAGCAGAGAAACAAACUCGUAUUAUAAUGCAGCUAUUGCUCGUGGUGGCCACGGUCGCGAUUUGCGGAGUCGCCCAAGCGCAACAGGGCGUCGAUCCCGCCUAUUUGCGUCAGUAUUAYCAACAGCUGCAGCAGCAGCAGCAACAGCAGCGGCCCUCCGAUGGCACGCCCAUUUACGAGCAGAACUCCGAGCAGACGCAGCAGUAUGUGAGCUCUGGGCAGCAGAUCAGGCUGAAGGAUACGGUCGCCGAGCAGAUACGCGCGCAGCAGCAGCAGCAGCAGCCGCAGGGAUAUGUGGCGCCAGCGGUCAGAGACUAUUUGCAGCCACAGUAUCAGUCACAGCCGCAGCAGAGCGUCUAUCGGCAGCCACAGGCAGCGCCUGCUCCAGCCCCGCGUCGCCCCAGCUAUCAGGCGGCGUCCGCUCCGCUGCUCGGCAAAGGACAACUCAAGCUGCAAUCGCACCAGCAGCAGCAACAGCAGCAGGCGGAGGAGGAGGAGUACGAUGAUCAAAACUCCUCGUAUCAAUUUGGUUUCGAUGUGAAAGACGAUGAGUUCACCAACUAUCAGAAUCGCAAAGAAGUUCGCGACGGCUCGGUGAUCAAGGGCAGCUACUCUGUGGUCGAUUCGGAUGGCUUCAUACGCACCGUCAAGUACACAGCGGACCCCAAGGAGGGCUUCAAGGCGGAGGUCAUUCGCGAACCCACCGACAUUGUUGUCAAGAUACCAACACCCCCACCAGCAACGCAGCUGCUACGCGCCGGCGGCCACAAGGCCCAGCAGGAUUAUGGCCAGGCCAAGCAGCAGUACCAGCCACAGCAGCUGCAGCAGCCGCAGUACCAUCAAUACCAAUAAGGAUGCUGUACGCGGUGCAUCCUCUCUUGAAAGUUCCGCAAGUCCAUGUAGUUUAUAGAG